AUGUCAGUUAAUGCAAAAAAAUUACUUGCUAAUCAAAUUAAGGAGGAUUUACAAAAAGAUUUAGAGAAAGUCAAAAAAGAAGGAUGGAGUUCAGGUAAACGUGAUUUGAUUGCUCCUAGCGAAUUGGAAAAGGAAGAUUAUGACCAAAUAGUAAGUUUAAUUGAAGAAAUUCGCACGACGGGGGAAAAGGUUUCCGAACAAAAAGAACAGGAAGAAAAUGCCAGAAUAGACCAAAAAUUAAGCAGCAAUCCCAAAAUGUUUUUUUAUGAGGGAAUACAAGAAUGA